AUGUCUAAGGAAAUUGAUGCUCUUGAUAAGAAUGGCACGUUAUCGGUUACGGAUCUUUCCCCAGGGAAGAAGGCUAUUAGUUGUAAAUGGGUUUACAAGAUCAAAUAUAAUUCUGAUGGUACUGUCGAGCGGUAUAAAGAUCGAUUGGUUAUCCUCGGUAAUAGACAAGUGGAAGGUGCACUUAAGACUUUUGGAUUUGUUCAGUCUUAUGCUGAUUAUUGUUUAUUUACCCUGCGACAAGGUGAGAAUUCUACUAACGUACUUGUCUAUGUGGAUGAUUUAAUUAUUGCCGGGAACAAUUCCGCUGCGAUUAGUGCUUUUAAAGCAUAUUUAAGUCGUUGUUUUCAUAUGAAAGACUUGGGAAUUCUCAAGUAUUUUCUUGGUAUUGAAAUGUCUCGAGGGGCUGAUGGUCUCUUUUUAUCUCAACGGGAAUACACUUUGGACAUUCUGUCUGAGACUGGACUUCUUGGAGCCAAACCAGCUUCUUCACCCAUUGAUCAACAUCAUCGUUUAGCUCUAGAUGAUGGACCACUGUACUCUGAUUCAUCCCAGUAUUGUCGGCUCGUUGGAUGUUUGAUCUAUUUGACUAUUACUCAUCCUGAAUUGUGUUACUCGGUGCAUGUAUUGGCACAGUUUAUGCAGUCUCCUCGGGUAUCUCAUUGGGAAGCUGCUCUUCGAGUUCUUCGUUAUCUGAAGGGUCAUCCGGGUCAAGGGAUUCUUUUACGUAAAGACAGUGCUCUUCAGCUUACUGCUUAUUGUGACUUUGAUUGGGCCUCCUGCCCUCUUAGUCGUCGUUCGCUUACUGGUUAUUUUAUCUUUUUGGGAGGCUCACCUAUAUUUUGGAAGACAAAGAGGCAACAUACAAUCUCUCGUUCUUCUGCUGAGGCCGAGUACCGUUCCAUGGCUCAUACUUGCAGUAAUCUCACGUGGAUAAAGGCAUUAUUGAAAUCUAUAGGUGUGUUUCACUCUCAGCCUAUGAGUCUUUACUGUGAUAGUCAAUCUGCCCUUCAUAUUGUUGCUAACCCUGUCUUUCAUGAGCGCACCAAACAUAUUGAGAUUGAUUAUCAUUAUGUACGCGAUCAAAUUCAGACCGGUGUUGUUAUUAAUUCUUAUGUUCGCACCACCGCUCAACUUGCAGAGAUUAUCACCAAAGCUCUUGGACGUCCUCAGUUUGAGCAACUUCUUUGCAAGUUGGGCAUUCGUGAUCCCAUGCUCCAACUUGAAGGGGAGUAUUAA